UUGUGUAGAAAAUAUCAUUUUUCUUNUGUUCAGUGGUGUUACGACAACUUCGUUAAUUACCGUUCGCUAAAGAAUGCAGACAAUGUGCGCACUCAAUUAGCACGCAUCAUGGACAAAUACAAUCUGAAACGAGUAUCAACUGACUUCAAAAGUAAAGAUUAUUACAUCAAUAUACGAAAAGCAUUGGUCUCUGGCUUCUUCAUGCAGGUGGCGCAUUUGGAACGGAGUGGACAUUACAUAACUGUGAAAGAUAAUCAGUUGGUGCAGUUGCAUCCGUCAACUGUAUUGGAUCACAAACCUGAGUGGGCAUUAUAUAAUGAAUUUGUGUUAACAACGAAAAAUUAUAUUCGGACUGUCACCGAUGUGAAAGCUGAUUGGUUGGUUCAAAUGGCACCCCAAUACUACGAUAUGUCGACAUUCCCGGAAUGUGAUGCAAAACGUAAACUAUCACAAGUUAUUUCGACGUUACAUAAUCUUCAAACGGUUCAUGGAUAUUGA